CUCCAAAAUCGCCUGCCACUUCAUCACGGUAACCCGGGGCGGGGGGAGCCCCCUCUUGACACCCUUCUGUAGGCCCCCCUCCCCCACCCUCAGGCCGGGCGCCUUGAAAGCCAUGAAUUUUGAAUUCGAGAGGGAGAUUGGGUUUAUCAACAGUCAGCCUUCGCUCGCCGAGUGCCUGACUUCCUUCCCCGCUGUCCUGGAAACAUUUCAAACUUCAUCAAUCAAGGAGUCGUCGCUAAUUCCUCUCCCCUUUGAGCAGAGCCGGGCCAGCCUCCAGCCGGCCUCCUCCGCCCUCCAGAGACGUCGGAGUCACCAGCGAGGCCGAGAUGGGGCGGCCCCGCCGCCGGCCCCCCCCGCCGCCGCCGCCCCCCCGGGCCCCGAAUUCCCUUGGAUGAAAGAGAAGAAAUCCGCCAAGAAACUCAGCCACGCCUCGUCCUCGUCUUCUUCCUCUUCCCCCUCGCCUUCGCCCGCCUCGUCCUCCGCGCCGCCGGCCGGGACGCCCGCAGACUCGCAGGGGCUGCAGGACGGCGGCGAAGGCGGGGCGGGGGCCCGGAGACUGCGCACCGCUUAUACCAACACCCAACUCCUGGAGCUGGAGAAGGAGUUCCACUUUAACAAGUAUCUGUGCCGGCCCCGGCGCGUGGAGAUCGCCGCCCUCCUCGACCUGACGGAGCGGCAGGUGAAGGUCUGGUUCCAGAACCGGCGCAUGAAGCAAAAACGGCAGACCCGGCACAAGGAGCCCCCCGACGGCGAGCUGACCUCGCUCGAGACCCUGGAGGCCGGAGGGGACCCGGCCGAGGAGUCCGAGGGCCGUCCGGCCCCGGGACCGGCGCUGGGCCCCGCCUCGGCGCCCCUGGGGGGUCGAUCCCCCGCCCCCGGCGAAGAGCCGACGGGAGGGCGGGCGCUGUCCGCCCCGUCGGGGGCCGGGAAGGCUUUGACCGCCGACUUCCCCGAGGGUCCCGACGCCUUCAUCGACGGGCCGGAUUCGCCUUUCCUCCUGGAUCUCCACUCGUUGUCGGCGGACGCCUGCCUCUCGCCUCCGGUCGGCUUUUCCCCCGGCCUCCCGCGCUCCCUGGAUAGCCCCGUCCACUUUUCCGAGGAGGAUUUGGAUUUCUUCACCAGCGCGCUCUGCACCAUCGACUUGCAGCCCCUACACUUCCAAUAGCCCCGGACCCACCCCCAACCUCCUGACCCGGCCCGGUUCGGCCCAGUUCGGCCCAGCACGGUCCACUUCGUCCCAGUUCGGCCCAGCACGGUCCGCCACGGUCCACCUCGGCCCAAUUCGGUCCAGCACGGUCCACCAAGGUCCAUCUCGGCCCAGUUCGGCCCAGCAUGGCCCAGUACUGUCCAUCUCGGCCCAGUUGGGUCCAGCACGGCCCAGCUCGGCCCAGCACAGCCCAGCACGGCCCAGCACGGCCCACCCCUCCCGUCCCCCUUUUUCAGAUGGCUCACAGCGGAUGGCUAGCUCAGAGACCCUCAAGCCCUCGAGGCAAUAUUGACUCUAGCGCACUGAACUCUCCCCCCACCCAUCCCCCCGGACCUGUUUGUGUUUACCUAAACUCCAGGUACUGUAUUUAAUUAGGCGCCGUUCUCAGUUCUUUUCCUCUAAGUUAAGGACCCACGGACAACGUCCCUCGAGAGAACGGACCAUUCGUUCGGCGAAAUCUCAGGAAUAAUUCUACUGGAGGUCGGAACCGGGGAGUCUGUCUUAAAAUGAUUCCUCGUUCUCGUUUCGUUUUUUUUUUUACGUUUUAGACGGUAGACUAUUUAUUCAAAUUCUUUAAUAGGAAAAUGGGAAAGUAU